CUUAUGUUUUCAGUUAUUAACUUUUUUAUAGUUUUAAAGCUAAGUAUUAUCAAAAUAUGAUUGAAUGUAUUCAUGAAAGAAAGAACAACAUGUUUGGCUCUAGUACUAAGCUAGAUGUUGAUUCUUCUGGAAAUUUGGCGCAUAGUGCUAGUGUUUCUAGUGACAUUUCAAAUCGUACCAGAAUGGAUAUAGUAUGUAUCAUUGAUGUCGUCCAGUCUAGUAAUUUGGCACAUCGUAAAAGAGCUUUGGAGGAAGUGAAACAAGCAUCUAUGAUUGUUAAUGCUAACUUAUUUAUUAUUUCGUUUGAGAAAUUAGAUUUUGGAGAAACUGCGGAGUUGGAUACUUUUUAUAACGCAGAUGUAGCCAUUGUUGAUUUGUCAAUACAAUAUCAACAAAGCUCAUUGUUUUAUCAUUUGGGUUUACGUGAGAGUUUUGGAAUGAAACAAAACAUUAUGUUAUUUAAUGAUCUAGAUACUGAAGUUACAUUACGAGUAAAGUUGUCAUGUGGUUCAUAUACAUUUCUUUCAUAUAAAUUAGCAGAUUGUGGAACUUGUCUCACUACCAAUACUUCAUUUCAAGACGAGAGUGGUGGAUCUGCUUUUGAACCUAGAGUACCAGUUACAGUAAAAUUAAAAAAGUUGUUACAAGAUGUUGAAAUUCAGACCAAAGUUCAUAUUAAAGAGAAAUUUUUAUCAGAUUUAAGAAAAGCAAGGGAUAAUUACUCUGGUGAAGAAUUACGUAAAAAAUUGCUUAUAAUGAGAAAACGACUAGAUGAUCCACAUGUUCUUUCUGGUGAUGUAGUUCAUACUAUGUUGAUAUCAUUUAGAGAUGUACAGGACUAUGAUGCAAUGGUUCAACUUGUUGAAGAUAUACAAACUAUUCCCAACAAAAAAAAUUAUGUACAAACACCAGCAUUGCGAUAUUUAUAUCCUUUUGCUUUAAAUAGACGUAACAAACCUGGAGAUCGAAAAAAAGCAUUGCAAGUWAUUGAAUUAGCAUUGCAAAAGAAAGAAAAUCAAAUACCUGAUAUGGUUUGUCUUUGCGGUCGCAUUUAUAAAGAUAAAUUUGUUGAAUCAUCAUUUGAAGACAAAGCUGCCCUUGAACAUGCUAUACAUUGGUACCGUAAGGGAUUUGAAGUACAACCAAAUGAAUAUGCUGGAAUUAAUUUAGCCACAUUAUUACUUGUUGCUGGAAAUGAAUUUUCCAAGUCUGAUGAACUUCAACACAUUGGUAUGGUUUUAAACAAUUUGAUUGGGAAAAAAGGAAGUUUAUCAUCUAUUAAUGAGUACUGGGAUGUGGCAACAUUUUUUGAAAUAAGUGUAUUAGCAGAAGACUAUAGUAAAGCAAUUCAAGCAGCUGAAUGUAUGUUUAAACUAAAACCAUCAAUAUGGUACUUAAAGUCAACAGUAGGAAAUAUUGAACUAAUUGAUAAGUUCAGGAAAAAAAGUGAAGAAAUUGAAUACACACUCGAAAAAGACAUCUUUAAGUUUUGGAUGGAAUAUUUUGUAGAGGCCACAAAAACAGAAAUUGCCGAUAGCAUUCGUUUUCCUAUUUUAGUUUUAGAACAAUUAAAAGUAUAUAUGCCUAGUUAUGUUGUGGUGAACCUUGGUGCUGAAGAAAAAUCUAUCUUCCUAUGCAAUCAGUGUUUAAAAUGUACUAGAAAUACUUGUAAACAAGUACAUAAGUGGUUGUUUGUUGCUAGUAUGAUAAGGGGUGUUAGUUUAUGCAAAAUCGAUGAUAGGUGUCUAUUUUUAUAUGUUCAUGCGAAUUCUGAUGAUUUUCAAAUGUAUUUUCCAUCUUCUCAAUAUCGUCAAAGGUUUUAUGAUCUCGUCAAAAAAAUGACAGAAGGUGAAGAAGGGAUGAUGACUAAYUUAGAUGAAGAUUCAGCUGAGGAACAAAUCAAUUUUGAAUAUGAACUGAAUGAUUCACAGACUAAAAAAAUUCUUGGUAAAGGAACUUAUGGUAUUGUUUAUGCAGCUCUUGAUCUCAACACACAAGUGCGAAUUGCAGUUAAAGAAAUACCCGAGAGAAAUAUAGGUUAUGUUCAGCCACUACAUGAAGAAAUAAAACUUCAUUCCCAACUUUAUCAUCGAAAUAUUGUUCGGUAUCUAGGAUCAAUAUCUGAAGAUGGUUUUUUUAAGAUAAUUAUGGAACAAGUACCUGGAGGAAGUCUUUCUGCUUUGCUACGUUCAAAGUGGGGACCAUUAAAAGGAAAYGAGCCUACUAUUGCAUUUUAUACUAAACAAAUUCUUGAAGGAUUGAAAUAUUUACAUGAUCAAAAAAUUGUACACCGUGAUAUUAAAGGUGAUAAUGUCUUGGUUAAUACAUAUAGUGGCGUAGUAAAAAUAUCUGAUUUUGGAACUUCUAAACGCCUUGCUGGAUUGUGUCCUAGUACUGGAACAUUCACUGGUACAUUGCAGUAUAUGGCUCCUGAAGUAAUAGACAAAGGACAAAGAGAAUAUGGCGCUCCAGCUGACAUAUGGUCAUUAGGGUGUACAGUUGUAGAAAUGGCAACUGGUGAACCACCAUUUACAGAACUCGGAUCAGCAGUAGCAGCUGUAUUUAAAGUUGGUUUUUAUAAAACACAUCCAGAAAUACCGGUUGAACUCAGUGACCGAGCUAGCAAUUUUAUACUUAGAUGUUUUACUGUUGAUCCUGACAAACGAGCUACAGCUACUGAUUUAUUAGAAGAUGUAUUUAUGAACGAGAAAAAGAAAACAUCUAAAGCAUUAAUAGCGCCUCUUGAGUUCAAUCGCAGUGUAUCUGUACCAGUAGAAAAAGGCGUAAAAACUACAGUUUCAAGUAAUCAAGAAAAUAUYAACAAAAAUCCUAGUAAACAACAUUUAUUAAAAGAAGACAGCUGGUUAACAAUAUCCCAACCCGAAAAGAUCAAACAAGACCAGUUCCUUUCUUCCAUCAGCUUACCAAACAUGCAGUACUCUUACAACAGUCUCGAUGGUCAACAAUAUAACAGGCGACAGUCUUCGGGUGCGUUGGCGUCGCCUGAAAUUGACAUGGGCACGGCGGGUAGCACAGCAGAGGCGGAACACGAUGGGUUCUACAGGCUGAAAAAAGACUCGCAGCGGAGGACAACGCUGGCCCGAGUGUUGGCCCAAGAUCAGGCCACGUUGGGCAAGGUAUGGCUUCAGUUUAUUCGCCGGGAAUUUGGRCAGCCCAAGUUGACCGGUGAGCACCUGGAGGUGUUAAUGAAAGGUCUUCGAGAUUACAUCACAGACCAAAAUAGAGACGUCGUUGAGCAGACCAUAUACAACCUCAAGGAGCAACUGAACUUUGACGCGGUCGCCGUGCACCAGUUGCACAUAUCAUUGUGCUUGUUUAAGGACGCGGCCAAGUCUGUAUUGCGGCUACACAAUAUUAAGCCCCAUUGGAUGUUUACACUCGACACGUUGGUGAGCAGUGCCGUGGAUGCCGUCAUUUCCGUCCUUAAGCCUGAGUUCGAAGACAACCUGGCGGCAAAAGAUACCAAGCUAGAUKGUAGCGUCUUGUCCGCCAUCACGGACGAUACGAAGAACAGCUCACCGUCGUUCGGUUCGUCUAUAAAAUCUCACAAGACCGACGACAGCUGUUACCUAGACGGGCCGUCAACGAAGAGUAGACGUGCGAUUAUGUUUCAGUCUGAAAACCACAGAUUUCUGGAAGAAGUGUUGGAUUGUCAAAACGGUUUACUGAAAAAAAUUGUGGAAGAUCAAAAAGACCUGAUGUCCAUGUUGAAAUGGACUGCUGAACAGAACGCUGCCAUUCGCGACGAUUACUGUUGCAGCUCCUGUCGGAAUUGUUCUCGAGAGUUCAGAGAUUUUGACUAUGAAAAUAGUGCGGACGGCUGUUCCAAAGAUCUAAUCAAAUGGCUUCGCGACAUUGGUAUCGACGAACAUUCAAUAAAAAUAUUAGUCAACGAACAAUUUCUGUUAAACCAAAUACAACUUGACGUCACAAGAGAAGAUUUAAGAGAUCUUGGAUUGAAACGUGGUAUUGAGUUGAGRCUGUGGAAAGAAAUUGUGCGGCACAGAGAAAAUAACUUGCUGUCAUCUGGUGGGACAAUGUCUGUCUCACCGCAGUCUCUUUCACAGUCAUCUACUAACAACAAUAAUUAUACCUUUGAUGCACUGCACUCAAGUCGCCAUAUGAACAAUCACAUUAACAAUAACUAUGUAUAGCAGUAAUAAUAAUGCUCCAUAUGUUACACUUAUAAGUUACCCAUCACCAUUURUUCAAAUAAAAAUAUGAAUAAAUAGGUAAUGUUUUUUUUUUGUAUAUUUAUUACAGA